CUUUAUAAGAUAACCACUUCCAGCCCUAUGCACGUGUCCGGUCCGUUUCAGUCUGUCGGUGGCGAUGAGUGGAUGGGUAUGUCUUUGUGUGGCUUUAUUAGCAGCGUGCUUGCAAGUUUAUUCAGCUGGAAGCAGCCUUAUGAAGUGCAAACUGGGCACUAAACUGUGCAAGGAUGGCUCUGAAUGUAUCUCCUAUCGACAUGUGUGUGAUGGAGAGAAGGACUGUAAGGAUGGAUCAGAUGAAGAGGAUUGUGAAUCAGGAUGUGGUGAUGAUCAGUUCCAGUGUGCCCAUGGAAUGAAGUGCAUAGAAAAAAACCAGGUGUGUGAUGGUGCAGCUCAGUGCCAGGACCUCUCGGACGAACAGCACUGCAUGAAACACACGGAAAACUGCGCUCACCUGUGUGAUGCCAAGCAUCUCUGCCUCUCUGCACGCUUCGUCUGUGAUGGAGAGAAGGACUGCCUGGAUGGCACCGACGAGAAAAACUGUGUGGACCAAAAGGAGACCAAUGCUAUCUCUGUGCCUGCUGCCCCUGGUCCAGCUCUUCCCAUCAAGUGUACGCUUGGCUCCAAGCCCUGCAAAGACAAUUUGGACUGUGUCUACUAUAAUCACGUCUGUGAUGGGGACGUUGACUGUCGAGAUGGCUCGGAUGAGGAAGACUGCUUAUCAGAAUGUGAAAUUGACCAGUUCCAGUGUGCUCAUGGAAAGAAAUGCAUAGACAAAAGCCAGCUGUGUGACGGUGUUCCCCAAUGUCAGGACCGCUCGGAUGAACUACAAUGUUCCAAACACACGGAAGGCUGUGCUCACCAGUGUGACGACGGAAGCCUCUGCAUACCUAGCAGCUUCCUAUGUGAUGGAGAGGGGGACUGUAAGGAUGGCAGUGAUGAGGCAACCUGUGUCGACCAGGAGUGCAGUGCCACGGAGUUUAGGUGUGCCAGUGACCAGUGUGUAUCUGCCUCGGUGCGCUGCGAUGGCCACCCAGACUGCUGGGACCGCUCUGAUGAAGAGGGCUGCACUAAAGCACCAGCCUGCAACACCAAACACAGCUGCCCUCAAAGCAAGGAGUGUCUGGUGCAGGAGUGGAUUUGUGAUGGACACCAUGACUGCAAAGAUGGCUCUGAUGAAAAGGAUUGCCCUAUGAGUUCACUCAACUGCGGGGACUUCCAGUGGUUUUGUAAAUCAAAGACUAUGUGUGUUCCUAUAGUCUGGAGGUGCGAUGGCAUGAAGGACUGUGAUGAUGGUAGUGACGAGGCAGAUUGUGGGGAGGUAAGGUGCCUUCCUCAUGAGUUUCAGUGUGGCAGUCGGGAGUGCUUGGAUCCAGCUCUGGUAUGCAAUGGUAUUACCAACUGUGCAGAUGGUUCAGAUGAGGGAGGCAGCUGCCAGACUUGUACAGAAGUGGAUCAUACCCAUUGCUCUCAUGCCUGCUACAGCACACCACAAGGACUGCGCUGUCGCUGCACAGCGGGGUACAAGCUGAUGGAGGAUGGACAGACGUGUGCUGAUGUAGACGAGUGUGAAGACCAGACACCAGCUGUGUGCAGUCAUAUCUGCAUCAAUAUUCCAGGAUCGUAUCGAUGUGACUGCCAUCCUGGCUUCAUAAUGCAGGCAGGGGGGAGCCAGUGCAAGAUCACAGGUGAACCUCUCUUGUUAACGUCGGUCCAAACAGACCUCUACUUGUAUGGCUUGCGCAGCAGUAGCCUAGAUGUCCUUCCGUCUUCUGCCAAGAAGGUUAUUAUGUCUCUGGACUAUGACUUGAGAGAUCAGAAGGUCUUCUGGGUCAGCGUUGACUCGGACACUAUUAGAUGGUCUUCAAUGGACCAGAAGACUACAGGAAUCCUGAUUAAAGGUGUCAGAGCAGACUCUGUUGCAGUGGACUGGCUUGGGAGGAACCUGUACUGGGUUGAUGGUGUGAAUAGUCAUAUUGUUGCAGUCAGACUUGCUAAAGCUUCUGUGAAAUCACUUGACAAAAGUGUCAUCCUGGAUGAAGACCUGGAUCAGCCUCGCUGUCUGGCUUUGUUGCCACAAAAAGGGCUGAUGUUUUGGACUGAAAUUGGUAACGUGGUGAAAAUUGAACGUGCUGGCAUGGAUGGAUCAGAGAGGAGGGCAGUGGUCAACUCUAGUUUAGGCUGGCCAGGUGGAAUUGCUGUAGACAUGAUUUCAGAAAGAAUCUACUGGACAGAUGAGAGACUGGGGGCAAUUGGAUCCUCAUCUCUAGAUGGGGACAACAUCAAGAUACUUCAGAUGAAAGAGACGACCAAUCCGUUUGCUGUGGCUGUGUUCAACGACAUGCUUUACUGGUCUGAUGCCAAGAAGAGGGUAGUUCAAGCUGCUAAUAAACUCUCUGGUAAAAACCGACAAGUUGUCCUAAAAAGACCUGGACAGCCUUUUGCAGUGAAAAUAAUCCACCCAAUACUCCAAAUGGAUACAGACAGCGCUUGCAAGAAGAUGGACUGUUCCCACAUGUGUGUGUUGGCUCCAAGACGCAGGGCUGUGUGCAAAUGUCCUUCUGGUCUCUUACUUGCUGAAGACGGUUUGACCUGCUCCAGCCUGAUGUCUAAAACAUUUUUGCUGCUUUUGUCUCCCUCAACAGUCACAAAGAUCUACUUACAGUCUCGACAAGCAGCUGCAGAGUUGAAGGGCUGGCCCGAGCACCUGGCAUUGCAAAUCCCCAACAUCAAUGAUGCCACCAUCUUGGACUACAGCGUGCGUGAUGGCAUCCUGGUUCUGACAGAUGAUGGGACGGCUUCGCUUAAUUCCCUAAAGCUGAAUGACGCAGCGUUGAUCUCCCAAGGUCCAUUCCUCAAACUGCAGGAUGAUACAAUCACUGCCAUGGCCCUGGACUGGAUAACACUUAAUGUGUUCUGGAGCAGCAAAAAACAACCACGUCUGCAGGUCACGUCAAAGACCGGAGCUCUCACAGCAGUUAUCAUAAGGGAUGACAUUAGUGGAGUGGGCUGCAUUGCGCUCCACCCUCCAGGUGGGACUAUGUGUUUCACCAAUCUAGAUCUGCAAGAUGCAGGUAGUAGUGCAGUGCUGGAAUGUGCCCACAUGGAUGGUGCAAAGAGAAGAGUGGUGUGGAAAGAUGCAGCCCAGCCCACAUCACUGGUCUUCUCCAGUAAUGGUGACACAGUCUACUGGGCUGACACAAGGAUGGGAACCAUCAACUCUGUCCAUACCGAUGGAUCUGGAUACAGAAAGCUGGAGACUGUUGAUGGUCCGACUGCUGUGGCUCUGAGUGACGACACCCUGAUCUGGAUGACUGUCAGCGACAUGACGAGGCUCUGGUAUAGAGAUCAACAGCAGAAGUUGUGGUUUGAGACUGGCGCACAAGUGAUCGGGUUAAAAAGUUUCAGCAGGUCCAACCAGUCAGGUUCCAGCAAGUGUGCCCAAAACAACGGCAACUGUCAACACCUGUGCCUGGCCACUCCAUCCGGUCGGACGUGUGGAUGUGCCCAUGACCACGUGGCUAUAACUGACACUACCUGCAGCCUUAAGGAAGGCUGCUCAGCCGGCAGCAGACGUUGUCUAGAUCAAACCUGCCUGCCAGCUGAGAAAUUCUGUGAUGGGCAAGUUGACUGCUUGGACCACUCAGACGAGAGCUGUAUCGGUCUAGAGCCGAAGUCUGGAACUAAGGCACCUGCUCUUACCCGGCCUCCAUCUCCAGAGACGGAGCUGGACAAUGCACUAAAGGAAGACGGUAAACUCAUGAACCUGGAAUUGGAGCACUGCAGCCAGAGUCGCUGCAGUGGCAAUGGGCGCUGUGUACAGAUCGAUGGAGCUGCUGAAUGCGUGUGUUCAGAGGGCUAUAGCGGCAGCUCGUGUCAGGACCAGGCUGUGAAAAGCAUGCAGGGUCUGAUCAUCUAUGGUGCAGCAGGUCUCGGUGUGGGAAUUGUGGUGAUUGCUGUGAUAGCAACAAUUGUCAAAAGGAGGAGUUCUGCUUCAAGAAGUAGCCCAGAAGGAACAAAAGAGAUGAGCAUGUCUGAGCUGGAGAAAAAAGCUGAAUCCGCCCCAAACACACAGACUGCCCAGACUGAGAUAAGCAAAGCAGAGGAAGCAGCAUCUUCUGCAGACUAAAUCAUUCACAUAUUUUUAAUAAAUGGUUUGCAGUUUCAA